UGACAUUAGGGCAUUGUCCACACCUGAAAAAACCAGUUUCAGAGAACACACUAAAUCGGAAAAAUGUUCUGCAAUCUACUUCAGAAUCUACAACGAUGUCAGGUCUGCGUACUAAUCAGUCAACUUGCAAAAUGGUCUCAAUCCUAAACCCUAAACUUUUAUACGUACGAUCUGAAUCACAGAUCCUUCUCAUCCACGUUUUCGAAGGGAUGAUUUUACCUGUUAAGAAAAUUAUUUUGUCCUGGUGGAGACCACUGGAAGGUGUAGUAAUCUUUGCUCUGGAGCCAAGCUUUUUAAGUUCUCCGUAGAUAUCACCAGGAGGAUCAAAUCCCUCGUUGAUAUAGUCUUUCUCGUUAAGGGAUUCAUGUACCUGCAGAAUCAAGAACACACCAACUUAUGUAGACUGGCAACUUGUGUGCACGUGAAUUGUCUUCUUGACGCUGCAAUAUCAUGUUUGUCUGUGAAGUGCGGAAUUCAGUUCCAUGUAUAUUGCUAGAACAGUGAUUACUCCUCCUGUUCCACGUUCGGCUCCGCCCGGUAUAUCUUUGAGCGGAUCCAGUUACUACCAAGAACUCGUUAAUGGACUCUUGAGGAUGUUGCCUGGACAACUGAGGCCAGACUGCAUUCCCUGUUCUCUCGCUAGGUGUUCAUGGCGCAAGCUUUUCACAAUCUCAGCUUCACCUUCUCGUUCACUGAUCUUAAUUUUACGGGAGGUCUUCAGGAAAUGCCGCGAAAAGCCUUCUGAUAAUUGGUAUAAUUUGUCAAGGUUCAGAGAUUUUUAGCGAGGUGAGUUAGUUACAGCUUGGGAGCUUUUCUCCAGAUGCAGCGGCAGAACACUGAUGUUAGUAACAGAACUUGACACGGCGAGAGUAGAUACGUAUUUGGUCUCGGCUAAGCGAUUGAGUAAUGUAUGCCAAAAAGGCUGUGGCAGAAAAUUGCCUCGCGGGAGCUUAGUUCUUCCUGAACCAUUGAUGUAUCAGGAAACGCACUGGAUCGGAAACGGAAAGUGCAUUCACAUGUCUGCAAGUGGAAGAAUCCUGGAGAUAGCUCUGCUGUAAAUAACAGCGAAAGAAAGUAAUGUCGUUGCUUACAAGAUCUGUUCUUAUAAGCCUUGAUUUUCGCUCAAUCUGACUGUGUAAGUUCUUCUUGGAAGGUGAGCUAUAUGCGGUCACGUUGUGUUCGGACAGAGUUAGUUACAGUCAAAAGUCUUCCUGGUCCCUAAAUGUGCAGUAAAUCUGCGAAAAUCUACUCUUGAAACGAGCAUCCAGCAGGAGUAAUUCACAUCUCAAUUUGAACUUUGCACCGUAGAGUACUCUUCCAUCAGUAACUUACCCUAACAUUAAAUCGGAUGCUCUUUCAGCCUCUGUAGGCUUGUGAUAUGCCGACCUGAAUUCACUUUUUAGUGAGCAGUCCAUUCCUUGCUCAUACGGACAAUGAGUAGAUUGACUUUAAAGAAAACUAGGGAAGGUGUGCAAUUUUUCCAUACGAGACUGUAAAAUCAGUUCGACCGUCUGAGAAUUGGAAGUGACUCUCCUGGUGUAAUUCACUGCGACAUUAAAAGAAGGACAACCUUCUGCAAAGUCUAGGUUUGCUUGGAACUCAUUCUGCACUGAGAGUCGAAAUAGACAAAAUGAGGCAUCACGAAGAUUCCAAACCCAACACAUUCCAUGAAGCAAUUAAGAACUUCAUGCGUCCGCCGAAUCCAAAUGCCAAACCUGCUAUCCCUGCGUUUAGACGACGUAGUCGUCGACGAGAGAGUGUCCAGAAACCGGGUUUUGAGUUCAACGAUGAGACGUUCCACGAAGGUCGAAGUACGAACACUCCACGAAGAUUUGACGGCUCAGCGGCCGGAGUAAUCACCUUCAAGUCUCCCGCUGUCUUCUGUGAGAUGCGACACUGCAGGUGAAAUUAGCAGAAAUGCUAAGCAAGUCACCGGCUCCUAGAGGCAAGCCAGUUACACCUGGCAAAUACGAGUUCGCCCCUGAUGGUUAUCGUACCAGCGUCUGCUGUCAGCUUCUGGCGGAGAUUGGGAAGAUGAGCACGCCCUUUGCCAAUGUACUGGCCACCAUCCAUGAAGAGCUGGAGCAAGCGAUUUAUAGCAACUAUGUCACACCGUCUCAUACCAGUGUGUUUGAACAAGUUCCAUAUUUCGAGUUGGUGAGUUGCGUGGAGAGCAAGAAUGCCGCCAUGCUUGAUGAGCAAGAGCGGUGGAAAGUUAUGCUGAGGGACAGAGAGGCUGAUAUAUCUAGAAUUGAAGCAAACAUGCAGGAGCUUAGAGAGCAGAUCAUAGCUGAACGUGAAACAGUGCUUGAGCUCCAAAAGAAACUCAAUCAAACAGCUAUAGCUCUGGAGAGGCGCAUCAAAGAGGUCGCAAAGCUGUCCUCUCAAAUAGAAGAGAGCAGGGCUGAAGUACUCCAUGCUCGAAAUAUUGAGCACUGCCUGGAACAUGAGAAAUCAGAGUACGAGAACCUUAUGGCCAAACAUCUCCUACUCAUUACUGAGCUGCAACAUUGUCAGAUGAACUUGGAAGUUGCACGCAAAGAGGCCGCGGAAGGGGUGCCAAAGAAAGAGAUGGCAGUGUUGAGGGCCCAGGUCAAAGACUUACAGCAAAAGCUCAUGAAAGCAGAGAUAUUAACACAGCAGAUGGGUUCCAUGACACCAAGACCGCAUUGGGCUCUCCUAAGAGGCGGCGCUCACUACACCAUGUCCACGGCAGCGCAGGCAGCAGAAAUAUGUAAACUGAAUGAUCUUUUGUUGGACAAUGUGACGACACUGCGACUCGAAUGUGCAACUGCUCAAGUCGCCCUUGCGGAGGCAAAGCAGUCGAAGAGAGCCAAGUCACCGAAAUCGCCUCCUCCAGAUUCGAAGAGCGAUGGAUCAACAUCUCCCAAGAGGUCUCCACCUUAGACUCUGUCAUGGUACUACACUCAACAUUUUCGCAGGAUUCCUGCGAAAGAAAUACCCUUCAGCGUUUUGCUUCUGGGAUGCGGGAAUCAGGAUGGAGGACAUCCGAGAUAUAAAUCAUCGGAUUCCUUCAGACAUACAUGAUUUAUGAUGAGCUUGUCAACCCAUACGCUAUCGAAGCUUGCAAAGAAGAUUUUUAUCUUUUCGGAGUGCUCUCAUUCCUAUGCAGAAGAAAAUCAUGAUUUCCUCAUUGGGAAAAUUGCCUCUCUCUAUAAUGUCCUGAGGACUUUAAAUUACAUUGUGAAACAAUUUCGGUAACAUUCAACGUGGACAUUGAAAGAGCAGAUAAUAUCAUUUCAAGUAAUCAUGAGAAACCUCGGUUCCAUAUUAUGUAAGUGGAGGUGAAAGUCGGCAAAAACCGGUGACUAUUUCACAUACGUAGCAAUAGUGCCUGUUGUUAGCACAACUGAGUUCGCAGUAUUUAUAAAAUAACAAGACAAAAUGAUUAUGAUAUAUACUUUUAGACAGAGAGAGAGAGAGAGUACAGUUCAGUCAGCUCGUUUUUCAUGUGAAUUGAAAAAUAAAUUUUUUUAACGAGACUAUCAAAACGUAGCGCCUCGGUGAAAAAUAAAAUUGUGGACGGCCUACGUCGAUGGCU